GGUUGCACGCUCCUCGCGGCUCACUCAAACACCAGCUCAACACACGAACGAACGAUGUCUAAGACGAUGCCGGUGCCAUGCUACGAGACGCCGGAGGGCGUGGACAUCCGGGGGCGCUACGACCCGGAGUUCGCGUCCGUCCUGACCCGCGACGCGCUGGCCUUCGUGGCCGCCCUGCACCGCGAGUUCCGGGGCCCCGUCAGGCACGCCAUGGAGCUGCGGCGGGACGCCCAGCGGUGCUACGACGCCGGCGAGCUUCCCAGGUUCGACCCUGCGACACGGCUCGUCCGCGAGGGCGAGUGGACGUGCGCGCCCCUUCCCCCGGCCAUCGCCGACCGCACCGUCGAGAUCACCGGCCCCGCCGACCCCAGGAAGAUGGUCAUCAACGCCCUCAACUCCGGCGCCAAGGUCUUCAUGGCGGACUUCGAGGACGCGCUGUCGCCGACGUGGGAGAACCUGAUGCGGGGGCAGGUGAACCUGCGGGACGCCGUGGCCGGCACCAUCAGCUUCCGCGACGACGCGCGCGGCGGGCGCGUGUACAAGCUGGACGACGAGCGCGGCACGGCGAAGCUCUUCGUCCGGCCGCGCGGCUGGCACCUGCCGGAGUCCCACGUGCUCGUAGACAACGAGACGGCCAUCGGCUGCCUCGUCGACUUCGGGCUCUACUUCUUCCACAACCACGCCGCCUUCCGCGCCGGCCAGGGCGCCGGCUACGGCCCUUUCUUCUACCUCCCCAAGAUGGAGCACUCGAGGGAGGCGAGGAUCUGGAACGCGGUGUUUUCGAGGGCGGAGAAGUUCGCGGGGAUCGAGAACGGGAGCGUCCGGGCGACGGUGCUGGUGGAGACGCUGCCGGCGGCGUUCCAGAUGGACGAGAUCCUCCAUGAGCUAAGGGAGCACUCGGCGGGGCUCAACUGCGGGCGGUGGGACUACAUCUUCAGCUACGUCAAGACGUUCCGCGGCCACCCGGGCCGGCUGCUCCCUGACCGCGCCCUCGUCGGCAUGGCCCAGCACUUCAUGCGCUCCUACUCACAGCUCCUCAUCCGCACAUGCCACCGCCGCCGCGUCCACGCCAUGGGCGGCAUGGCGGCGCAGAUACCGAUCAAGGACGACGCGGCGGCGAACGAGGCGGCGCUGGAGCUGGUGAGGGGGGACAAGCGGAGGGAGGCGCUUGCGGGGCACGACGGCACGUGGGCGGCGCACCCGGGGCUCAUCCCGGCGAUCCGGGAGGUCUUCGAGGGACACCUCGGCGGGAGGCCCAACCAGAUCGACGCCGCCAUCGACUCCGGCGCCGACAUCACGGAGGAGGACCUGCUGCAGCCGCCACGUGGCGCGCGCACGGUGGAGGCGCUGCGGCUCAACGCCCGCGUCGGGGUGCGGUACCUGGCGGCGUGGCUGGCCGGGUCCGGGUCCGUGCCGCUGUACAACCUGAUGGAGGACGCGGCCACGGCGGAGAUCAGCCGCGUGCAGAACUGGCAGUGGGUGCGGCACGGCGCGGCGCUGGACGCCGGCUGCGGCGUCGAGGUCCGCGCCACGCCGGAGCUGCUCGCGCGCGUCGUGGAGGAGGAGAUGGAGAGGCUCCGGGCCGAGGUCGGGGCCCAGAGGUUCCGGGCCGGGCGGUAUGCUGAGGCGGGAAGGAUCUUUGGCCGGCAGUGCGUGGCGCCGGAGCUGGACGACUUCCUCACGCUCGACGCCUAUGGGCUCAUUGUCGUGCACCAUCCCAGAGCGUCGCCGUCCAAGCUCUGAGAAUCUGGAUUAGCUCCAAGAACACGAGCUAAUCCAGAUUCGCACCUAGUUGGCUUUGAUGUUUGUUUUCACAAUAAUGAUCAUCUGGGGAUAGUAAUAUUUCUAGGUUGCAUCUAAGAAAGGAGUCCAAAUACUAU